UGCAGUCAGAGCUGGCAUUUUUCAUUCCAUCUCACUUGUUUUGAUCGAAGAGAACAUUAAAUACGUGUAAAACAUAGGCACUUGCACUAAAAUGUCCACCAAAGAUAAGAAAACAACUUUAAAGGAUAUUGCUUCGAAGAAAACUGACACCGGGUUAAUUAAAAAUGGAGAGAAUUCGGAAAAAACUUCGAAAAACAAGACGGAAGCACAAACUGAACGUUUAAAAUGUGUUGAUAAACGAGACCCAGUCCAAGACCCGAAUACCGUAGCUACAGUGUCACCAGCUUACAUUAUUUAUCACUACAAUGAAGAUGUGUUGUACUAUGCCAUUUUGUUUUUGAUGAUAGUGCUGGCACUAGUGACGAGGCUGUACCAAAUUGAAAUUCCACCAUGGGUGUGUUGGGAUGAAACCCAUUUUGGAAAGAUGGGAAGCUGGUACAUCAAGCACUCUUUCUUCUUUGAUGUCCACCCACCACUUGGAAAGAUGCUGAUUGGCCUGGCUGGGUAUUUGACGGGCUAUGAUGGACAGUUUCCAUUUGACAAGCCAGGCGAUGAAUACAAGGAAGCGCAAUAUGUUGGCAUGCGAGUGUUUUGCGCCCUCCUGGGAGCAGCCCUAAUUCCGCUGGUGUACAUGUCCACGUGGCUGUUGUCUGGUUCAGUUAUAGCCUCCAUGUUUGCGGCCGUGUUUGUUCUUUUUGAUACGGGCACAAAUGCUCUGUCCAGAUACAUUCUUCUAGACCCCAUUUUGAUGUUUUUUAUCAUAUCCGCCACCUUUUGUGUUCUGAAAUUUAUGUCACUGCAUCAAAGGCCGUUUUCUGUUCAAUGGUGGCUCUGGCUUGUUUUGACUGGUGUGACUUUGUGCUGUGCUAUUGGUGUGAAGUUUGUGGGUCUGUUUGUGAUCCUGCUGGCAGGCUACAGUACAGUGAAUGAUCUCUGGAGGCUGCUAGGCAACCACAGUCUGUCCUUGGUGGAGAUCAUGAAGCACUUUCUUGCCCGGGCAGCCUGCCUGAUAGUUUUACCGGUCAUCUGUUACAUGAUCAUUUUUGCAGUACACUUCCGAGUGUUGUAUAGAACGGGAGGUGGAGACGGCUUCUUUAGCUCGCAGUUCCAGUCGCAGCUGGAGGGCAACCGGCUACACAACAUCAGCAUGCCAGACAGAGUGGCCUUUGGCAGUGUGAUAUCGUUGAAGCAGCAGCGUACUGGGGGUGGCUAUCUGCACUCACAUUCCCACCUGUACCCUGAAGAGCAUCCUCCUAGACAACAGCAGGUGACCACCUAUAGCCACAAGGAUGAGAACAACAUGUGGAGAGUCAAUCCAUCCAUGGGGAAACCUAACUUGGAGGGGCACCCCGUGCUGCUGAAAAAUGGUGACCUUGUAAGACUGGAACAUGUCAUAACAAAAAGGAAUCUCCACAGCCAUAAGGAGCCCGCUCCACUCAGUGCAAGACAUUUCCAGCUCUCUGGAUAUGGUCAGGAUGGGGAGGGUGACGCCAAUGACGUUUGGCAGGUGUACAUGCCAGGUGAGGCAGACGGCGCUGAGGUGCAGGUGGUGCGCUCCAAGAUCGUCCUCAUUCAUUACAUCGUCAAGUGUGCUGUGUACUCGCAUGACAAGAAACUACCCAAAUGGGGCUGGGAGCAGUGUGAGGCUACAUGCAACCCUAACAUCAAAGACUCCAAGGCAGUCUGGAGUGUGGAGGAGGUUGUUGAUGCGCGGUUGGCAAAUGUGAGUUUUGAGGUCCAUUCUCCAUCAUUCCUAGACAAAUUCUUUGAGAGCCAUGCUGUAAUGACCCAGGGAAAUGCAAACUUGAAACCGAAGGAAGGGGAGGUCACUUCUAGACCCUGGGAAUGGCCUAUUAACUACAGGGGCCAGGUGUUUUCAGGGAAAACCCACAAAGUGAUCCUGCUGGGCAAUCCAGUCAUAUUUGUUGGACUGCUAUGUUUGAAAUUGGUGUUUAUUGUAACCUAUGGCCUCUACCGCUUUAGUAUGCAGAGGGGACUGAAGAUGGACUCGCACAUUGCAGCGUUUUGUGAGCGGUCAUUUUCUGCUGGGUGGUGGUUGCUGAUUGGAUGGGGUCUCCACUACCUGCCGUUCUGGUCCAUGACAAGAGUUCUAUACUUCCACCACUAUUUCCCAGCAUUUCUCUACAGCAGUAUGCUUGGAGGGGUGGUGCUGGACUACUGUAUAAAGAUUAUGUGUUCAAAAGUAUCACCAUCAUUGUCUAGAGCCAUGUUCCAUGUCUGUGUUGGCACCAGCCUCUCCAUAUUGGCUUACAGCUUCUAUUUGUUUCACCCGUUGACCUAUGGCAUGGGUGCUGGAACCUCGAAGGAUGAAGGUCACAUCAUGCAUGGCCUACGCUGGAUGGACUCAUGGGAUAUCUAAAGACAGGAACAUGAUUAGGGGGCUGAAUAAAAAAAAAUCUUUUCAAAUAAGAAUUUAAGAAUAUAUUGAUUGGACUGGUUUAUGUUAUGUUGUUUUAAAAACCAUUUUGUUUAUGCACAUAGAACACGUUGACCUUAAGCUUAUUUAUGAUUGUUUUCUGGUUGGAUGAAAAAGAGGCCUGUUGAUUUUGAGGUAAACAAGUCAAAGUUUCAAGUCACAGGGUCUUGCAUCAUGGAAUUAAUUUUUGAACAGUUUUAAGAAAAGUCUUUGAUUAACGUUAUUCCAAAUUAAAUUAUUUGUGUACUUGUUACUCACUAAGAAAGGAAUAUGCCUAUUUUCUUUUAGGUCAACGACACAGGGGAUUGUAAUAAUAAAAUUUGUUUCUCCAUUUUGUUUUUGCAUGAUGUAGUAGAAAAAAUGUUUUGACCAAUUUUUAUAAAAGUAUGGUGAAAAUAUGUACCGGUACUCAAAAUAUCUACAGAAAACUUAAACGUAUGAUCUUACAGUUAUUAUGCAGGUUCAGGGGAGGAAAACCUCCAUUGAUUUUGAGAUCAAUGGUCAUGAUCAGCCCAUAUUGACAUCUUUGCUAAAAUGUAUAGUGCUUUUUUUGUGUACAAAAUAAUAUGGCAUUUGUACUUGCCACUUCCAUAUAUAUUUUAUUGAACAAUAACAGGUAUCCAUUAUUUAAGUUAGCCUGAGGACCAUACUAUGGAAUCCAUGAAAUAUGAACAAAAAGUAUUAUAGAAUAGAAUCAAAUAUAUAGUAUACAAUUAUUUCUUAAAGCAUAUUAACUGUGAAACUUGUCCAGGAUUCUUUCAAAUGGUUACUGGCUGUCAUGGUCAAUACAGAAGAUCAAAUUAAAAACCAUUUCAUGUGAAAGGAACAGUUCAUUUUAAGCUCAUCUUUUUUUUGAAAAAAAAAAUGAGCUGUUGUCAUCACCUUGGCGUCGGCGUCCAGUUAAGUUUUGCGUUUAGGUCCACUUUUCUCAUAAAGUAUCAAUGCUAUUGCAUUCAAACUUGGCACACUUACUUACUAUCAUGAGGGGACUGGGCAGGCAAAGUUAGAUAACUCUGGCGUGCAUUUUGACAGAAUUAUGUGCCCUUUUUAUACUAAGAAAAUUGAAAAUUUUGGUUAAGUUUUGUGUUUAGGUCCAUUUUAUUCCUUAAGAAUCAAAGCUAUUGCUUUCAUACUUACAACACUUACUUACUAUCAUAAGGGGACUGUGCAGGCAAAGUUAUGUAACUCUGACUGGCAUUUUGACAGAAUUAUGUUCCUUUUUAUACUUAGAAAAUUGAAAUUUGGUUAAGUUUUGUGUUUAGGUCCACUUUAUUCCUAAAGUAUCAAAGCUAUUGCUUUCAUAAUUGCAACACUUACUAACUAUCAUAAGGGGACUGUGCAGGAAAAGUUAUGUAACUCUGACUGGCAUUUUUGGGGGAAUUAUGGGCCCUUUAUACUUAGAAAAUUGAAAAUUUGGUUAAGUUUUGUGUUUUGGUCCACUUUACCCCUAAAGUUUCAUAGAUAUUGCUUUCAUACUUGGAACACUCGCAAACUAUCAUAAGGGGACAGUAAAGGACAAGUUGCAUAACUCUGGUUGUCAUUUUUACGGAAUUAUAGCCCUUUUUUGACUUUGUAACUUUGAAUAUAUGGUUAAAUUUUGUGUUUAGAUCCACUUUACUUCUAAAGUAUCAAGGCUAUUGCUUUCAAACUUCAAAUACUUUCAUGCUAUCAUGAGGGUACUGUACCUGGCAAGUUGAAUUUUACCUUGACCUUUGAAUGACCUUGACUCUCAAGGUCAAAUUAUUAAAUUUUGCUAAAAUU